AUAACCCAUUCUUGCCUCAAACAAAUAGGCUGCAGCCAAAGAUGGCCCCGUCUGCAAUCUCAGGCCCUGCACAUCUCUUUAGGCUUGCUGGCAAGUGUUUCAGUUUUGUGGAAUCCACGUACAAGUAUGAGUUUUGUCCUUUCCAUAAUGUCACUCAGCAUGAGCAGACGUUUCGAUGGAAUGCCUAUAGUGGGAUUUUAGGAAUCUGGCAUGAAUGGGAAAUUGACAACAACACAUUUGUUGGAAUGUGGAUGAGGGAAGGAGACUCAUGUGAAACUAAAAGCAGACAGACAAAGGUUCAUCUUGUCUGUGGAAAGAGCAAUAAAUUGGCUUAUGUGUCUGAGCCGAGUACUUGUGUUUACUCUCUGACAUUUGAGACUCCUCUUGUGUGCCAUCCUCACUCUCUUUUAGUUUAUCCAACUCUGCCUGAAGCGCUACAAAGGAAGUGGGAUGAGGCAGAGCAGCUUCUGUACGAUGAGCUCAUAACUGACCAGGGAUACAAAAAAAUACUGAAAGAGAUUUUUGAGGAAGCAGGACUUCUGAAAGCAACAGAAGAAAAGGAAGUUGAGAAACAGAAUAAGAAAAUAAGUCUGGAAUUUGAAACAGUGGAGAAGUGCAGUAAGGAAUACAAGCAACUUUCUAAAGAAAUCAAAAAACUUAAAGAUUUAUUAAGUCAGCAUGGUAUUGCAUACAAAGGAAAUUCUGCUGAAAAUAGCAGUGUUGAAUAUGUAAGCCACAAACUGGCAACUGCAGUGACAACUGUUCUUAAUGGGUCAAAGGAUGAUGAGCAUCUGCAUGGCGAUACAGGAAUUUGGAAUGACACUGUAUGAAGAAACUUGGGUGGUAAACAAGUUCAUCCGGAAUGUCAAGCAAGGUGAACGUGUAUUGUGGCGCUAAAAUG